ACUGGCAUAUAAAUGCAAGUAAAGCCGGGAUAUUAUUAUUUUUGUUUUUCAAUUUACAAUAAAAUCCGCAUAAUAUUUGCUUAGCAAGAACAUGUUACUGGUUUCCUCGCCAAUAAUAAAACCAUAAAGUGUACAUAAUCAUGGGUUUAAGGAAGAAAAAGAACAUAAUUACCUUGACAAUUUGUAUGGUAAUCAGUUUUAUUCUUUAUCAACUAUAUUUCUUUCUAUCCAUUACUUCGGCUGCUAGUGGUGACAGAGUAGUUCCAGUUCAUGUUGCGGAUAUAGAAAACAUAGUGCACGUGCGGCCAGAAUCGGAUAAAUACAUAAAUGAGCAUGGAGUCAUCAAAGGAGUGCUUUAUUUCACAAUGCCGCAGUACAGGCCCGAUGCGAAGGAAGAGUUUAAAUGUUUGAAAUCAGAUCAGUAUAUUCCAUUUGAGCAAGUGAAUGAUGACUACUGUGACUGUGAGGAUUCCAGUGAUGAACCAAGUACUAAUGCCUGUGUAAAUGGUACUUUUUAUUGUGAUAGCCAGAGCAGUAAUAAGAGGGUUGCUCCUAAUUCUGUCCCUUCCAGUAAAGUCAACGACGGAAUUUGCGACUGCUGUGAUGGCUCAGAUGAAUGGUUACGGGAAAAUGGUGUUGAAUUACUUAGCCAAGCAAAUAAAAGACAUUAUAGAUAUUAUGGAAGCAAAUGCCUUAAUCAAUGUUGAUUACUUAACUACUUAUAUUUUUAUGUAUAUUUUGUUUUUAGUUAUGUACAACUGAAACCUCUUAUAUGUCAGCUAUUCCAAUAAUAUGACAGUUAGGUUAGUUAUUUGUUUUUUGUAUAAACUUUUUUGAGAUUUUUUUAAUUCUGUACAAUGGGGUUGGCAACUGUCAAAGGUUUGCAUAGACGGCGCCAUUAUAGCUUACCCCUUUUUCUAUGAGAUUUGGCUUAAAGGCCUGGCAUCCAGGGCAUAAAAUUCCUUAAAAAAAUUGACAAUUCUAGGGAUUGACAGGGCAAG